AGAACGAGUUCCACCCGCUGGACAUGGUCGAGUGUCUCCUCCCCAUUCUCGAGUGGAUGAAGCAGACCGACCUCUACGCCCAGUUCCUCCCGCAGCUCCGCGCGAUGAUUCUGAUCCGCUCUCUGCGCCAGUUGGAGAGCGUCUACUCCGUGAUCAAGCUGGAGAACUACGACAAGCUGAUCUCCGACCUCUCCUUCGACCGCCACGAAGCCGAGCGCAUCAUCUCCGAGGCCAGCUCCUCGAAGCAGCUGCACGUCCGCGUGGACUACGCCAACCACUGCGUCUACUUCAGACCGCAUCUCGCGGAGCGCGAAGUGCUCUCGAGCUAUCUGCUCAAGCUGUCCUGCAGUUUGUCCCUGGCGAUGGCCAAGGUGCAGUCCGGCAGCGGCAUGAUCGAGGACCGCGAAGAAGAGCUCUACCAGCGCGCGGAGACGGCGCGCGACGUGAAGGAGGCCAUCAACCAGGCGAUGAUCGAGCGCUACUCCGUGAUCGAGCAGAAGAAGAAGGAGAGCGAGCGCGUGGAGCUGGACCGCAACCUCUCCGAGACCGAGCGAAUGCGCCGCGUGAACGCGGAGCGCGAAGAGAAGGAGCGCGCCCGUCUGAAGGAGGAAGAAGACCGGCGCAAGCGCAUGGCCAACGAGAAGCUGCAGCGCCAGAACGAAGAGAAGGAGCGCCAGGCGAUCAUCGCGAAGCUGGGCGAGCUGCUCGGCCCCAAGCUGGACGUCUCCAUGGUCUCCAAGAUGAACCGCGACCAGCUGCAGAACUACGCCAGCGAAGUCCAGCGCCGAUUAAAGAAGGAGCGCGAAGAGAAGGUGGCGCGCGAGUCGGAGCAGCAGCUCUUCUUCUCGCGCGCGCUGCGCGAGGUGGCGCUGCCGGCCACGCUGGAGUUCUUCGACACGCUGCGCCAGCGCGAUGAGGCCUACUGGACCGGCUUCUUCGAGAAGGACUACCAGCAGAAGAAGGAGCGCCAGGAGCGGAUGCAGCAGCUCCAUCCCGUCUCCACCAAGCUCGCCGCCGUCCUGCCCAUCUUCGAGCGGAACAUUGUUUCGCGCAGAGCCGCGGGACUGGAGAGCGUCCUCGAGGAGCGGUUCCAGAAGGCGGAGGAGGAGAGGCGUGCGGAGGAGGCGCGUCGUCGCGCAGAAGAGGAGGAACGCCUUCGCAUCGAGGAAGAGGCGCGUCGUCGCGCAGAGGAAGAGGCGCGUCGCCGCGAGGAGGAAGAGAAGAAGCGCGCGGAGGAGGAGGCGGAGCAGAAGCGUCUGGCCGAAGAGAAGAGACAGGCUUCGAACGAACGUCUCGCCAAAAUGAAGAUGAACGCUGCCUCCAGCAUCCCCAUGCGCAGACGCCGCGGACCUCCCUCGGCGGCCAGCUCCGCUACCGCUGCAACGGGUGCCACGGGUGCCACGGGUGCAACUGCAACGGCUACGACGGCUACGACGGCGGCCACGGGUGCAACUACGACGGCUGCCUCUUCCACAUCUUCCGGCUCUGCUGCUCCAUCCGUCCCUCUUACGAGAACAUAUCGCAUGCCGCCUCCAGUGAGUCCGAAGAAGGAGCAGGAAGAGGACGAAUGGAUUACCGUGGGGGAGAAGCCCAAGUAUGUGCCAAGAGGAGCUCGAAGAGGGUGAAUGGAUUGUGGCGGGAGAGAAGCCCAAGUAUGUGCCAAGAGGAGUUAGAAGGGAACGUGGGCAAGAGAGAGAAAGUAGAAGGUGAAA